GGGAGGGCACCGCUCGUUAAACGUCUGUCAAGCUCCAACAGUUUGCUAUCACCCAGUCAGUGUAAGUGUGAAAUGUACAUUUCUUUUUAGUUAGCUUUUUUUUUUUCUUUCCGUUCCGGUAGUUUAACCGUCAGUUUGCGCCUCUGUGCAGCGAGGAAGAGCUGUUAAAGAGUGUCGAUGUAGACAUCUCACCGACACUCUUUAACAGCUCUGUGUGCAAUGACACACACUGUCAACCUGAGUCCGUUAUCGGACAACACUGACCGGCACUCAACGAACAUUUCAACGACCUGUGGGCCUGAUGGAGCAGGUUGUCGUCUCCUCUGCAAUGAAGGAAAUCCACUCCAGCGUCGUGACUAUGGACUGAAGGUUUGCUUUUCCCCCACUUGCUCAUCUAUUCUGAGUGUUUCCAUCUCCGGUUAGACCAUAAUUCAAUACGAUAAUGUACCGUCUUUCAGUGGAAUCGUAUCGUGAUACACAAUUACGUCGUCUAAAUUGAUAAUAACAAGCACAUACUAACUUGAAUAUCUCAUAAAAGUCUCAUCAAUCUUUUAAACGGAUUACUCCGUGUUUGUGUGCAUGCGUGUAGACAUAGUCAGAGUAUAGCUUGAAAUAUUUCUUUAUUUUGUCUUUUAAAAUUCCACUUUAAACUGUAGUGUUCAUUUUGCACUAUAAUAAUACGUACUUUUUAUUUGUCAUCUAUUGAAUUCACACAGAAGUAUACAAAAAUAGGCUUUAUUUAUUUAUUGAACUACCAGAAAACGAGAGUCAUCGAGAUAUGACAUGAAUUAUAUCGGGAUGGAGGAUUCUGGCCGUAUCAUACCAGCACUAACUGGCCAUUUUUGCUAACUUGACACUGCACUGCACGUACAGUAUGUGUGUGUGUAUGUAUGUAUAUAUGUAUGUAUAUAUGUGUAUGUAUAUGUGUAUAUAUAUGUAUGUGUGUAUAUAUAUAUAUAUAUAUAUAUAUAUAUCCGGUAUGACAUGAUGUAUCCCACUAUCUUCAGCAUACUCUGCUAAGUGGCUGAGAGCUUGGCUGCCCCUUCAGGGCUCUGCUGACGCAACCAUUCAUGUCUCACUCCGACAGUCAGACCACCACGAUGACGCUUCCCUCCUCCUCCUCCUCCCGCUGCACUCACGUUAUGCCUUCCCGGUUGUGAGCCGAGCUGAGAAUUGAGAAUCUUUGUACGGGUGCAAUGUGUUUAUGUGUGUGUGUGUGUGUUUGCGUGUGCGGUGCUUACAAAACAGAACUCAGUGGUCCCUAAAGAUGGAGUUCCCUCUUCCUCUGACUUGUGAUCAGCUUCAUGUAACACUUCGGCAUCGGACGUGGUGAAGAUGUGCUUAUCCUAGAUCAGAUCACAAGAUUAACGCAGCUCUCUCUCUCUGUGUGUGUGUGUGCCUGACUGUCACAGGGGCUGAUUAAUUGGCUGUAGAGGGGAGCUGGAAUUUCUCUCAACAGAGCUGCACACUGACACUGGAUUAGAAAGAUGACCUGAAGUAGAUUAUAGUUAAAGGUAUACAUGUGAUGCUUUCAUGUGUUAACCAAAUUGGUAGAGACUUCUAUUGUAGAGACUUAAGAUGUUUUGAUGGGUAAAGAAAGUAAGACGUGUGUCUAUUUGGCAAUUUAGUGUUUGGCUGUGAUAGAUAAAGCAAUGAGAUUGUUAAGUGAAAUGUCGUGCAUUACGUUCUGCAUGCCAGAAGUAUUGUUUUUACUGCAUUAACAUAUUGUUUAUGAAUUUGUAGUGUUUGGUUACAUCUCCUUUGGGUGCUCCCAUUUCAUAGUUCAAAGCGGUUCGGUGAACUGGCCUCUAAAUUGUCUGUGGAUGUGAGCGUGAAUGUCACUGUGUUUGUGGAUUUGUCCGCCCACACUGUGACAGACCGUUUCCAGAACGUACUAGACUUCCCACACAAUGUGUGCCAAUGCGAAGGCUUCAGCUCCCUGCACCCCUGAAUAGCAUGAUAGAAGAUGGGGGAAUAGAUGCUUUAUUUGGUGUUACUGUUACAGAAUAUGUGACCACGUUUAAUAAUUCAAUAAGGAAAAGGAAACAUUGAGGAGAAACAAACGCAUUUCUCUUGUUUUCGUCCUUAUGCAUGGUUGCUCUGCUCUGCUGCAGAUUAAAAACAUGAUGUGUGUUGUAGCGAGAGACGUAUACGGCAAAGACCUGAGCGGAGUUCUUGGCAGCGGUGCAGUACCUCCGGCGGUGUUUGAGACCGGGAAGCUGGUCAAUGUUUCAUGUCUUUGUUGCUGCGCCACAGUCCUUCUGGUUGGUGAGGGCACCUGAACGGAUGUGUGCGACUCAGGAGGCACGCUGUGCACAUCCAGGUCCGACCGGUGGCAUUGGCCACAGAACUAAAGGAAGCUGUGGGUGAAAUGGGGGUGAACAUAACGUAGCACUUAUCAGCUAAAUGGUAAACGGCCUUGUAUUUAUAAGGCGCCUUUCUAGCCUUCAGAAAACUCAAAGCACUACACUACAUGUCAGCAUUUACCCGUUCUCACUCACUCACACACACACACACACACACACACACACACUCACACACACACACUGAUUUCACAGCCUUUUUUGGGUUCAGUAUCUUGCCCAAGGACACUUCGACAUGCGGACAGGAGGAGCUGGAUCUCCUGAUUAGUGGACUAAUUCAGAUUCAGUUUCUCCUUCAGUUCUUUUGGAGUUCAAACAGUCUCAGCAUCAUUCAGGCAGAACUGAGUUGGCUCUGUUUUCUCCACUAAAGGUCAGCCGUGGCUAAAGAGGAAGUGUUGUAUCUCAGAGAGGAAACACACUUUUUCCUUUUUCCCUCUCUCGCUCUCUCACUCUCUCUCUCACCCUCUCUCUCACGUCGUCCCUCCUCCAGCAGGGCUUUACUGUGAGGUGUCAUAGUGGCAGCUUAAUGCCACAGCCGGAAUCAUUCUUUACCUCUGCUGCAAUCAGAGUUGUUUUCAAACCAAUGCCAUUAAGAAACAUUUACAAGUAAGAAGCCGUACCAUCCUACAUAUCUUGUAACUGUGGACAGAGUGGGCUCAUUCUUUCCAGCAGGACUUCCAGAAUGAAGGUGACAUUCCUUUAUGAGAGCUGUGGUUUCUAUUGGCAGCAAGCUGCCUGCUCCUCUCUUAUCCCUCCAUGUUUGAAGACAGAGGCAGAAAAGAAGCAAGGGUCACACAGCGUCUCAAGAGUUUCACCACAAAAUAGGACUGAGGUCCAUUUUAUUCUUUGCCUUUUGCAUUGAACUGCAUCAUUUCGAUCGCCCCUUUGUUUCAGUUUGUUUACUUCUUCUUAUCUUUUGUUGGCGGGCUUUAGAUGAAGUUUGAAACUCAUGAUUAAUACCUUCUUUCAACUUGAAUCCUCCCCCAGAGCGUAUAGACUUGACAUCGUUGACCCACAGCCUUCGCGUUGAGCCCGAUGUCUCACUCAUAGUAAGAGCUUUUAGACCAGAGCUUGGAUGUGCUGAUCCCCGCUAAGCCCCCCAGUGGGCUGCAGAGGUGCCUGGUUACCUGAGCUCAGAGAUCUGACUGAAGAGUUAUUUAAAUAGGUGACGAUGCGGAUGAUUUAUAUCUGACUGCGUAAAAGUUGUUCUCACCUGCUGGCUCCACAAAGAGCCAGAUGCCCCCUGGCCCGAUAACCUGGCCGGGUUCUCUUCUGUGUUGUGUUGACCCUGACUUGCAUUCCCUUUUUCUCAUUACGGUCGUGCUCCUUCAAUCUCAAACCACAAUCUCUGGUUUGAGAUUUCAGCCGGUGUGUAGGUGGUUUCCAGCCCGUUGACAGGUGAUGAUUCCUUGCCAGAGCUGGUGGAACCUGAGCUGUGUUGGCCCAGUCGGCCUAGCCACUGUUGAACACCUAUCAGGUUAAUACGUGAGGCUUAAAAUGUAUCACAUACGCUAAUAACUUCCACUGGGAACCCUCCUUUGAGGACAUCCGUCUUACUAGUAAACAGCAAGGGAACGAGAUCCUCACUACCAACUCUCUCCAUCAGCUCAGACACAUUCGAGCUGGACCAGGGUCAGUUCCAUGCACAUGGUGAAUUAUUCACCGGGACACUUGCUGUGGUGUUGAGCACAGAUGCAGAGACGUGCCUUUAAACAAGGUUUAAACCUAUAGCCCCAGCCGGCCGUCAGUGAUGUUUGACUUCACCGCGCUGCUUCAUAGAUUUGUUCGCUGUUCAAGCUAAACCUCAGAGGUACUUACAGCCUUGUGCAUCCGUAAUAGAUCAUCAACAUAAUAUGUCCUCUGUGGAGAUGAAAUUAAAUGUGUAAAGUCUCUCUGUUGCUUUGUCUCUGCAGCUUCCCACCUCAAAGUUUGGGUAGUCUUAGAUGACUCAGACUUUUUUCACACCCAAUAUAUCACUUCUUGUUCCGUUUGUGUGUGUGUGUGUGUGUGUGUGUGUGUGUGUGUGUGUGUGCGCGCUGAGUAUACGUGCACAUGUGUGUUUCCAUUAGUUGUUUUGUGAUGAACAUGUUGUGUUUGUUUCUCACAGCGUUGUGAGUGGGGGAGGUAAUGAGAGGUGUAGUUACAGAUGGUCUCCGGUUGCCUGAGAGAUGAAAUAAUGGCAGAAAUAUUAAGCCGAGUAAGGCAGGCUUCCACGUCCAUAGUGGUCCCGUAUAUUCAAGAUUAAAGGAGCAUUAUACGACGUUCAGAGCAAUAGUAUAUCAGCAAACGACUAUUUGCUGUGUAAAGAUAUAUAGUGGAGUAAUGUCUCCCUCUGAGUGUUGUCAUUUUUCAGCUUGUCCUUGCUUUGUUGACACAGCCUGGCCGGCCGUGCGUGCUUUUAGUGCACGUCUUCGUGGAAUCGUAGCACCUACCCUCUGGUUCCCCCUCAGGUAAACACCGUCAGCUCUGUUAUUACAUUUGCAGUAGUUGGUACUGUUAGCGCUGUUAGCACCGUUAGCUUUGAGCCACCUAGGAGAAGUUUGCCUUCAGCUCUUUCUGCCACAAAUCUCCCUCGGUUUAGGCAACGAACCUACUUGGCUAGGUUUAGGAAAAUAUCAUGGUUUGGGUUAAAUUAAACACUUUCUGGCAGAAAGCCCUGAAGGCCAACUUCUCCCAUGUACCACCGGCUCAUCCGUCUCCAUGUUGAGAGCCUUUGAGGGGAAAUGCUUCCAAAGUCGUAUGUUGUUCCUGUAUGAAUGUGUUCAGAUCAGUUUAACACAGAUACCAGGUGUGAAUCGGGCCCCAACAAUAGUCUUCUUGUCAGCCGUACAAGCAGGUAAUAUUUUUCACACGUCAACUUUUGAGUACAAGUCUGUGGUGUCAUUAAGAAAACCCAGAUAUAUGGAUGUGUGUAGGAGUAAAUGAUUGCGUGUGUUCUGGUUUGUCUUGUUCCUGGAAAGCUGAAGGCAACUCUGGCAGCGGGGCCUCCCUGUGGGUGUCAUCUUGCACAAUAGGGCAUUGUGGCCGCCUCUAUCAGGGAACUACCUUCCAUUCACCUCCUCAUUCAUUCAGCUCUCUGUGCCGAGCGCCCCGGCUGAACCCGACACGGCCAGGCGAACCGCUCCGUGGACGGGAUGCCUUUGAGCCAGUCUGGCCUGUUUCACGCCCUCUGUGGCCCUCCGUCUCUCUCCUCUCACUCGCUCGCUCUCCCCGUCUCAUACAAAGAGUUGUGUCUCUUAUCACACUCUUUGCAGAAUGCUGAAGUCAUCUCCUGCACUGUCAGAGCUGACACAACUGUGCUAUUCUCUGCCCGCCCUACACACACACACACACACACACACACACACGCACACACACACACACGUAUAAUACAAUAACGAUUGUUCCUGCUUCCUGCCUAUGCUGUCAUUAUGCAGCUGCUGAAUGAGAUAUGGUCCGGUUUUCAUCGGUCAAAGACGGCUCACACAAACGCGUAAACGUAUGUACACAGAUGCACAUUUCCAUGCAAAAUAAUUCCGACAAUUUCUCUCUUACUCUCCUUUUUCUGUCUUUGUCCGAUUAAAAACACACUCGCACGCAUAUUCGUGCAUGCGCUCGCACACGAGCGUCGCUGCCAGAACUCUCUGGCCUAAUUCCCCUCUUAUUGAUGUGUGUCUGUCAGUGAAAGAGGCGCAGCACAAAGAGCAGCGACGGGCCUGUGUGUGGCUCCGAGCGAACAAAGAGGAGUCUAUUCCACGCCGGCUCUCAGACUCCCCUGGAAACACUGCAUGGGCUUGUUUAAGCUAUGGCCAUAUUUUGAGUUAAGCUACUGUAUGUUCAGCAAUGAGCAACAACAUGGAUGCUUCAGUGGCAAAGAGCACGGGCCAGAUGGACCCCCACUUGUGUUGGUUAAUGCCCAGUUGUCCAACUUUACUUAUGUCGAGAGUAGAAUUAAAUAAAACAGUCAAAAAGGGAUGGCGAUCAGGUCAUUGUGCAGUACUGUAACUAUGGUGGAAAUUUGCAUGAAAAGACAUAAAUGACCUCCCGUUGUGCUAGAUUGCACAUUAUUUGCUUCAUCACUUAGCUAGUUGAGCUGUAACUCUGGGGCUUAAUCUCCUCUUUAAUAAUCACCUUUGGUUGUUGUCUUUGUUCAAUAAUGAUAAUGGAUGUCAUUUCAGAACACCUCAGUGCCACAUCUUAAUCAAUAUAACCUUUCAGUCUGAACGGAGCUGCAGUAGUUCUCUAUCCACAGGGCUAAAGGGAACAUUUCCUGUUAGCUGUGAUGUUGUAAUUUGUUGUUAAACACUUGCAGUUAACACUUAUUAUUCAUCACCGUACUGAAUCUUGGAUCUAUUCUGUUAAAGACGUGCUCCAAACGAUUUUGCGGGGGGGAGCAUUUCACCUUCUCCCACCCUCCUCUUCCUCCUAAAGUACAUGUAACAAACCUUGCAAUGUCCUCAAAAAUGUUAAGCAAACUUUCCAUUCUUCCAUUCUUGCCUCAUCUCAUAGCUGUAAUGCCAAGUGGUUACGGUAUAGUGUUUGACACAACAUCAUAAAUGUUACUUCUUCACAUGCUGUUGAUAAUAUUUGUUACUUUUUGAAUGUUUUAAACAGAACUUCUUGCCAUAUCUUACACGUUGCACCUUUUGAUUCUCACAUGCUUGUCACCAAGUGACAAAUUGUCAGCUUGAGAUGUUUAUUAUGCCGGCGACAGCCGAGGCCGGAGGAUUUAUGGUUUUGGGUUGUCUGUCCGUAAUUACGUCUGCAAGUCCGUCCAUCUGGUCCAUUCUCUGGAAUGUGAUACCUCAGGAACGCCUGGAGGGUAUUUCUUCAUAUUUGGCACAAACAUCCAUCUGUACUCAAAGAUUAAGUGAUUAGAAUUUUGGUGGUCAACGGUCAAGAUCACUCUGAACUCACGUUCGACCUCACGUCCGUCCCAUACUCGAGAUAUCUAUAGAACACCUUGAGCGAAUAAAAUGGUGAAAAGAUGACAUUUUAGGCUUACAUGGACGUCAACACAACAUGAUGAGGCGGUAGUUCUAGUUGGUCCAGCCAGCCAGUGCCUGAGCUCUGCUCAGCUUUCACCGUCUCUCCAAAGACAAUGGACGACUGGCAGCGCGCUGAAUGGAAUGAGGCACAGAGCUGAGGACGAGGACAUAUGUGUUUUGUGUGUGUGUGUGUGUGUGUGUGCGUGUGUGUGCAUUUAUACAAGGACACGUGUGAGGGAGACACAGCUCCAGAGAGGCCAUUGUCCAUGUGGUUGUCUGUAAUUCACCUUUGACAGUAUUGUGCCGUUUCUGAGAAACAUGCUGACUCACUGAGGUUGCCCAUCCCGGCUGUCACUGAUGCCUGAUAAUCGCUGACCACUGUUUCUGCGGCUUAAAUACACCAAAAGACAUCCACACACUGGCAUGUUUCUGAUGAGUGAAGGGAGAAUGUCCCUAAGAGGAUCACCAAAGUAUUGCGUCUUUGUUUAAUUUGACAUUUUUUGUUUAGAGGGGAAAAAUAUUUCUUGCUUUAAGUUUAAGUAUUUUUUCUUAAAUACAGUCGUCAUUCAGAGAUCCAUCUGGUGUUCUUUUGCGUCAUCACCUCAUCAAGGUGGAACCAAAGGCCUUUGCCUAAAUUAAACAAAGACGCAGGACCUGUCACGCGUACACAAACAUCCCCUACCAAGUCCGACAAUAAACCGUUGUCCUCUAAAGGCUCCUGAAAGAGGAUUUAGUUUGAAUAUAAAACCAGAGGCAAUCAAGAAAACGUCCAAUCCAGUGCUGGGAUCAUCCUGUGGAUGAAGGAGGGGAUUUAGAGACACAGAGGGAGGGAUGGGCCCGGGGUCGGUGCAGGGCUUCAGCUCCAGGACAGGAUUAACUAAGGUUUACCAGCGACGAAACAACAGCACAGAGCUCCAUCGCAAUCAAUUACACUUCACUGUGACUGCCAGAAUAUGCCACUAAGUGUGAGGGUGCAUGCAUAAUCAAGUAUACUUGAUUAUGAUACACAUGUAUGCAUGACUCUCCACCUUCUAUGAUCAUACGGGAAGUUCACAUCGCAGUCAUCAUAUGUUGUCUUUUAGUUUUUACUUAUUCCUACAGGAAAGAAGAGAGAGAGAAAAAUAACUAAAAUUAGAUUAAAUCAAAGGUAUAAAGAAAUUGCUCACUCAUGUUAAAUAAGAGUGUUUGCAUUGCAUUGCUCUCAAUGGUAACAUUGAUUUUAGAGAUAUUUAGAGAUGGAUCUAGUUGAGCAUGAACAGAAUUGUGUAUUAUAACUUCCUGUCAUUAUUUCAUCAUGAUGAAUUGUAUUUUUACUGAAGAAAUUGUUAAAAUAUGAUCAGUCACUGCCCAGCUGUUAUCAGUGAAACCACCGGGUUAAAGCUGUGUUGUUAAUAUUAUGGAAGGUUGACCGCACAGUAUCUUCACUCAUCUUAUUGGUGCAACCAAAUGAGCACACUGCCUCUAAAUUAAGCACAUCAGUAUCUGCUGGUCUGAAUCUGCCUGUUGAGCAGAAAAGAUUAAACCAGAUCUGAUUCAAGAUCAGCUUGUGGAGGAAGUAAAAGCUGGCGUGCGAAUGUGUUGAUGCGCAUGAAUGCGCCUCUUCUUGGCAGUGACAGCGUCGCCGUUGUGAUUAGCGAUAUGCUAACUGCGAGCACCUUCAUGCUCAUUCUCCUUCUGUUUCCGGACGCAGUGAUGAGACGUGUGUGUGUGUGUGUGUGUGUGUGUGUGUGUGUCCAACUUUGUGUUCUUCUUCAUGACCUGACAGUGCAGCUGAAGGAAUAUAGUUUGAGUGUUCAUCCCCAGGGCUCCCAAUGUUCCUGCCUCGCUUGUUUUGCUGCUCUCAAUGGGAGCAGCUAUUGAUGCUGCAGGGAGGCUCUGUCUGUCUGUCUCUGUCUGUCUCUGUCAGUCUGCCUGUCUCAGUCUGUCUGUCUGUCUCUCUGUCUGUCUCUGAGGCGAUCACUGUUCCACCAAUAAGGUUCCUCCUUGAGGAAGACAGCCUGUAUGUCAUCAGGUGUCCGCUCUGGUUUUGUCUCUAGCUUAGAGUCAGCAAGGUUGACACUGUGUUAGUGACAACGAAGGUUGUUUCUAGUGCGUCUUGAUCCCGCCACAGGAAGAGGAAGGGUUGCCUUUGGGGAUACUAAAUGAGCCCCUGAAGGAACAUGCACACUGAGUCGUAUCACACAAUACAGCACAUGUUCUGUUCAGUAUGCCCAGCGUGUUCACAGCUCACAGAAAAAAAUGAUUUUCGAUUGCAAAACCGAAUGAUAUGCCAGAUUGUUUGAGUAUCUUAAGGUCAUUGGAGAUUGAAGAAUGAUCUUAAGAAUGACAGCUUUUCUUUCUUUGGUCUCCUUCCAUCCAUCACCUCCCUCUCAGGUAAUCCAGAGUGAGUCACGCUGACAGUUGGGCUGAUGGUAAGUGGGUUUUUUUUCUUCUUCUUCUGACGUGAGUCAUUAUUUCUCUUCCCCGCUCUCACCCCUCCAGUGUUCUCUGCAUCCUUUCCUUUACUCUACCAGCCUCUGGUGCCUUUCUGACUCCGCCCCACUUCAGGCUGUUGUUUAUUUUCUUACCCUUCAUGUACCUGCUUAUACUUUUGAAUUAAUUCAUGCUUUGUGUUGUGAUCCUGGAGCAAACCUGGAUCCAUCUUCUUUUUCUUUUAAUACUUUGUAUUUGCUCAUGAAACGUUGGUCUGUUUGAAUGUAGAAUGAUUCAAGGGCCUGGCACAGCUGUCACUGAUGAUACAGUAUUUAUCCUAAAAUAUUUUUAAAUCACAAUCGCAUAUUUAUUUUGGUCAGUGUGCAAAAUUCCCAUACUCAAUGCUAGAGUAUUAUGCUGACGUCGUACGCAGACUCAAUACGCAACAAGAUUUAAUGGAUGCGAGCCAAUCGACUAGGACACCAAGGCUAAUAUCGUUAACAAGAAGCCCGCUCACACAACCACAAUGAAUCCACUCAGCACACUCGCCUCUCUCUAACCCGACACACAGACCUUGGCUCGGCUUGUUGCCGUCCUAAUCCAAGAAGAAGAGAGGCGAUGUCCCGCUUUAGUCCAGGUUCUCACGCAUUGGAUCAAAUUUGUCCACCGGGGUCCGUUUAGGACCACAAACAGAAGUGAAGACUGACUCUCUUUUCGCUCAACCUGUUGGGUCUCAGGCUGACUGUGUCAUAUUUGUGGAUCAAUGUUUUGCAAUUUGAUGAAUGAAUACUGCUGCACACAGUAAGCUUUUAAAAGACAUUUUUAGUGCCAAUUGCAAGAGAGUCUCAAGUGUCAAACAAGGUAUUUUGCACACUGACUUUGGUACCUAGAUGCAGAUGAAUGCUGUUUACCCCGCAGACUAUGCAAGUAUGCAUUCACACUUUCGACCAUUUGCAUUAUAUUUCAAAGAAGCAAAUGUCACGAGUUAAAAGGAAAAUGAGUGAUUUAAUUUCACUGGAUCUACGCAACAUUCCAUCCUCUCAUAAUCCAUCUCCUCUUUCUGUCUGUGCUAGACCGGCAGGCCUACUUGUUCCUGAAUCAAAGAUGCAUGCUCCCAAUUUGGAUUCAUCCCUCUGACCGCCACUGAGCCGAUCCAACCCUCCACCAGACAGUCCCAUCUCCACUUCCGCUGUUCUCUACUGUACUCUGCUGUUUUCUAGUCCUCUCUGCUUCAGUCGUUGUCCUGGUCUGACCCCCUGCGUGUCCCACUGAUAGAGAGGGACGUGUUUGCUGACCGCUUGAUAGGACAAUUCCUCCCUCAGCAGGGCCACAUGCAGCAGGGCGAUGACACUCAAAGGGAGCCAGAGGGGGUGGGCCCCAGUUCAGGUCCUGGAACUAGAAGAGAGGCAGGGGGGUCAGGGGCCUCAUCCCAGUCAGAGCACCCCUCCUUCAGUAAGAUGAGCCAAAACGCUAGGGAGAGCAUAGGGGUUCUUGGCCAGGGACUGAAACAGCUGUUCCAGCAGCAGCGUAAACGCCUCUACCCCUCUCACUCCACCAUCCCCUCUUCGUCUUCCUCCUCCUCGUCUUCUUCUGUAGUGUCGGCAGGUGGCCCCUCCCCCUCAGAGGAAGCCUUGGAGCCCUGCUGUCCCGACUUUGACCACCUCUCUGCUCCUGUGGUUCCCUCUGCAGCUGGCCGGGGCUCAGGCACCGCGGGCACGAUGAGGCGUGGGACCAGCCUGCAGAGUCGGCGCAGCAAAGGGUCGGGAUCUGGGAACGGAGACCGGGAUCCUCUCCUGAGAGGUAGCCCCCAGGCCCCGCACCGCCGCUACACCCACGAUCCGCAGCAGCACGUCAGCCGCCCGCGCUCCUCCUCCACCACUGACACCACGCCCAGCAGCCCCAUACCCGGGUACACUGGAGGCGAUGUGGUGCUGUCAUCGGGGUACCAGUCCACGGAGGAGACGGACAGGAUCGACCGUCUGGAGGUGAGCGGGCUCGGCCCAACAACCCUGGCUGUGUCGUGCGGGGCGGACGGUUCGUUCCCGGGAGGCGAGGACGCCACCCCCGACCCUCAGCGCACAAAGCAGGCGAUCGCCCAGCUGCAGCAGAAAAUCCUCAAGCUCACCGAGCAGAUCAAGAUCGAGCAGACGGCAAGGGACGACAACGUCGCCGAGUACCUCAAACUGGCCAACAAUGCUGACAAGCAGCAAAGCACACGCAUCAAGCAGGUUUUCGAGAAAAAGAACCAGAAGUCGGCGCUGAGCAUCCAGCAGCUGCAGAGGAAACUGGAGCACUACCACCGGAAGCUGCGGGAAGUGGAGCACAACGGGAUCCCGCGCCAGCCCAAGGAUGUCCUGCGGGACAUGCAGCAGGGCCUGAAGGACGUCGGAGCCAAAGUCACCGGCUUCAGCGAAGGCGUGGUGGACAGCGUGAAGGGAGGCCUCUCCAGCAUCUCCCAGGCCACCCACUCCGCCGCGGGGGCCGUCGUCUCCAAGCCCCGGGAGAUCGCGUCGCUGAUUCGCAACAAAUUCGGCAGCGCCGACAACAUCCCCUCGCUCAAAGACUCUCUGGACGACCCCUCGGUGGAGGAAGGCGUGACGGGGGCCGGCAGUCGUUCGCUGGGCAACGCCGGGCACCACCUCCAGCCGAGUCCCAGGUACGGCAGUGAGGACGACUGCUCCAGCGCCACGUCGGGCUCGGCUGGGGCCAACAGCACCACAGGGGCCCCCGGAGGUCCCCCGAGUUCCAGGGGCAACACGCUGGAGAGGAGCCAGAGCUCCGGCCUGGACAUGCUGCUGCAGGAGGUGCAGGAGCUGAGGGAGGGCCAGGCGAGGCUGGAGGAGAACCUCGACAGUUUGAAGAGCCACUAUCAGAGAGACUACACGGUUGUUAUGGAAGCACUGCAGGAGGAACGCUUCAGGUGUGAACGCCUGGAGGAGCAGCUGAACGACUUGACAGAACUCCACCAGAACGAGAUCCUCAACCUGAAGCAGGAGCUGGCCAGCAUGGAGGAGAAGAUCGCCUACCAGUCCAACGAGAGAGCCCGAGACAUACAGGAGGCGCUGGAGGCGUGUCAGACCCGGAUCUCUAAGAUGGAGCUCCAGCAGCAGCAACAGCAGGUCGUCCAGUUGGAGGGGCUGGAAAAUGCCACGGCCCGGACCCUCCUGGGAAAACUCAUCAAUGUGCUGCUCGCCCUUAUGGCCGUCCUUCUGGUCUUUGUCUCCACCGUGGCCAACUGCGUUGUCCCGCUGAUGAGGACGCGCUCGCGCACGCUCUCCACCCUCCUCCUCAUCCUCCUGCUGGCAUUCCUGUGGAGAAACUGGGACGCCCUCUCGGGGUUCACGCACCGCGCCCUGCAGCCCCCGGGAUGACCUGGUACCGAAAAGCCAGCAACGCGUUGCUUUUUUUGACACCAGGUGAUGUAACUUUAGCUGCGAUCGCGCAGGAAGUUUGGAGAGCGCGGUCGGCGUUGGAACGGCCAGCGCGACCGCGCACCGAACACUCAGCCGAGCACAUUUGGACACGGCAUCGAGGAAAAGUGGAAGAAGCGGAGUAAAGUGGAGAACACUCGUGAUUGUCUUUUAGGAAGAACGAGACUGUUUACAUUUCUGAAAAUGAACUACUGUGUCGCUGUCCCUCAGAAUGCAGCAUUGUACUGUUUUUAAAUCUUAGAGUUUAAUCAAUUGUAAUGAAAUUAUUUCUAAUAAUAUUAUUUUUUAUUGUCGGCGUUAUUUUAUUCAGCACCAUGUAGCAUUGCGCUCCUCUCUCUCUACAUGACAGGAGCGUAAGUCAGGAAACUGGGCUGGCGAUUUGCUCCAAAGGCCCGGUCCACCUGUAGAGACGUGCAGAUGUGAUACCGUGGAAGAAGAACUCUUUCCUAGCUGUGAUUGGUAGAUUUCAACCAUGGCUGAAAAACCUUCCUGGGAGUUGCUCCUUUCUUGCUGUGAUGAAAUUGGUUCAUACAGAACACUUUUGAAGGACCGACCAGGACCUCUGAGAAUCGUGAUGGCCGGAGACUGUUUGUGCUUCCUUACCAUUUCUAAUCGACGUGCUUUUACUUAUUUCCUUUUUCUUUGUUUUUAUUAUUAAAACAAGAAAAACUGUUUCAUAAGGGAGAUUAUAACGGAAACACAAAGACAGAAUGCAGCUUACCGAAGAAACGACACAUAAACGCACAGAUCUGAGUAUUGUUAGGCGUCUGCCAGAUUUGCAGCACAGCUAUACAAUGCUGCAUUUUGUUUUUGAUUAAGAAAAAUGACAUAGGAACCAGUUUUGUGUUUAAAUGCAAUGACAAAAGGCCUUUGUCCAAGUAACAUCGAUUAGCCAGGAUAAUUGUCUCCCACCACCCGCCAUAUUUGAUGUGAUCAGGUCAGAGAAAGAGAGACUUCUGGUGCUUAUCCAGCUCCAUCUCAGCUGGAACAGGAAUGCUGCUGCUUUAUAUCCACAGUGCAAGUCGUCCCCGCUGCCAUGUCAGUCAAAUGCACACUGAUAUUGUCCUCUUCAUCCCUGCCUGUUAUCUCCUCUGGCUGUCUUUUCUUUUUCUACGAGUACGCCGUCUCACGGUGGUGGUCACCCAGUGCCAAACCUUCGUCUACCCGGAGACCCCUGGGCCUCCAAAGGGUCUAAGCUGAGGCGAAUGAAGGAGGAGGCUGCUCAGCAGGGGUUGCUUCUAUUCAGAUAUGUGGUGAAUGUCUCUCCUGAAUGUCAAGGAUGUAUCUAUUUGCGAGUGAAAAAAAAAAAUGUAUUGGAGAAUCUGAAUCCAGAUCUUCAGACGUGUGUUCCUCAGCUGGGCGUCCAGUCUUUCUCUUAUACUCUCUCUUUCUCUCAUCAAGUCAAGGACACAACGACGCGACCCGCCG